AUGCGCCUACUGCGACUCAGCCAUGGCCUCGCAGCCGGAUUCGCGCCCUCACCACCGGGAAUAAUUGUUCGCCGAGGUUUUUGCAGCUCGCGCGCCCAUCAUGACCUCGCCUCCUUCACCCGGCGUUUUUUCAAGCUCCCCUCCACUCCGUCUCCGCCAUCGCAACACCAUCACGAUCUAGCCACAUUCCUCUCCUAUGCCGAGCGCAUUUCCCUAGCAAAAGCAAGCACAGUAUUUGUGGGCACACACUACGAAUACACAGUUCUCCAGAGUCUACGCCGCUACGCGCUCACUCUCCACCGUGUUGGCGGCCGCGAUGAUGCCGGCAUCGACCUCGUCGGCACCUGGCACCUCCCGGGCCGGGAGCGGGAGCAAGCACUCCGAGUGCUGGUGCAGUGCAAGGCACUGAAGACCAAGCUGGGCCCCAAUCUGGUGCGCGAGCUGGAAGGUGCGUUCCGACAGGCGCCUGUCGGGUGGCGCACGGGGCAGACAGUCGGGCUGCUGGUGAGCCCGCGCGAGGCGACCAAGGGAGUCCGCGACGCGAUGGCACGCAGCACGUACCCGCUGCUUUGGCUGAUGGUUGAGCGCGACGGGACGUUGAAGCAGGCGCUUUGGAAUGCACAGACUGAGGAGCUUGGUCUGGUGCCGUUGGGGGUGGAGACGCGGUAUGGCGCCGCUGGUGAUGAUGUUGAGUCUGGCUCGGUAAGCAAGGAAAUCACUUUGACCUGGGAUGGCAGUGAUAUUCCCGAUAUGGAUCAGGUCGAGCGCGAUCUGGUCCAGCUCGAGGACCGGUGGGUUACUUCGUGGGGCGCAGAUCUCGCGGCCGCGGACAAAGGAGAAUUGUUGAGUAUUGUAGAGAGGGUCCUUCCCGAAACCCAUUCUGGCUCAUGGCUGGAUAGUACAAUAUCUGAUACAGAUCGAAGGAAGGUCCUUGAGGCUCUACACAAAUGA